AUGGAUAUCAUCCUUCCUUACGCUAUAUCUUGGUGUGGUGUGUUUCUUUUUGUGCUAUUGGUCAAUCUGAUCAUAAAUCAUCGAAAGUCAUCCAAAAAGAUAUGCUCACUACCAUCAAGACUUUUCUCGUAUCGAUAUCUGAUGCGUCGACAUAAAUAUAUCGGCCCUGUCACUGUAACCUCCGUCGCUGCGCAUGUCGCUUAUUUCGCUCUAAAUACAGUUUGUCUGACUUUUCGUGUCCAGUCGCUGCGUGAAGCGGCUCUUCGAGCAGGAAAUCUAGCUCUUUUAAACCUAGUCCCCCUUGUGCUAAACUUUUCCCUAGAGUUCUGGUUCGAUAGCUUACAUAUUCCUCUGAAAGUCGGCCUACGUAUGCACCGUGCAGGUGGUUGGAUGUGCUUUGGCUUGGUCUCGUGUCAUGUCGUCAUGAUGAUCAUGACCGAUGCUGCUUUUUCGGUCUCCGAGAAUAUAUAUAUCAUAUCGGGCACCGUGUCGCUUUUUAUGCUCAUCAUCUUGUCUAUUUCGUUCUUACGACAUGGAAUUUAUGAAAUAUUCCUGAAAGUACAUCAGUGUCUAGCAAUAGGGUUCAUUAUUGGACUCUGCCAACAUCUACUUCCGACCUCAAGCUUCCAGUUUAGAUGUCUCUUUUGUUACUUGGUGAUCUCAGUCGGAACCACUAUGAUACGCUCUUGCCUAAUGAUGUUUCGCAAUAAAAGAUUUGGGCAUCCGUUCACUAAAGCCUUUAUAAGGGAGGUACAUAAUGCAGUCCAUAUAGAAGUACAACUUUCUAGAGCAUUAAGAAUAGAUGCUGGUCAGUACCUACUUUUAUGGAUCCCGAACACCGGAUUUUGGUCUUUUGUUCAGAUGCAUCCCUUUAUGGUUGCUUCCUGGUCGAAUGUUGCAAAAGACAAGUUAGAACUUGUUGUGCGACCACGCAGAGGUCUCACAGCCAACAUUCGCAACCACUGUUCAACGGACGGUGCUGUCGGUCAAAACGCAUUAGGUGUUGAGAAGUUAGCUUUCUUCAGUGGACCUUACGGUCAAAGUAUUCCUGUUUGGGACUACAGGGGUGUGCUGUUGACCGCGAACGACUUCGGCAUCGUCGCCUUGUUCCCUUAUUUGACUAAACUAAUUCAUGGUUACCGUCUUAGGAAGGGAUGCACGAGAAGAGUCCAUUUAGUGUGGCACGCCAGAGAACUGGGUGAGUGCAGAAAACAAGACGGAACAAAAGUCGGAACUCAUCAGGUUUUAGAUCACAUCAACUCUGUGCAUAAAUUCUUGGAUUGCAACCUAGAGAAGGACCAGAGUUACGUGAGUGGCCUAAAUAGUUCUCUUGCCUUUUUUUAG